AUGAAAAUCACCUCGGCGACGGUUGUUAAGGUGCACGUCUACUUCACAGAACGGGGAGGGGAAAGCAGAAUGGAGGUGGAGAAAUCGACCCGACGUCCGCAGAUGACGUCAGCAGCUGGAUGAUGCUUAGUGUGAGCGAGGUAGACAAAAGGUCCGGUUAGGGGUUUUACGUUUUAGGCCUACGUACGAUUCGGGAUGCAAUAUGCUCUCUUACAAAUUAUAUAAGGCUACAAGAUAAUGGAAAGAGUAGAAGCAAAGGUUUCAUUUUUGAAUUUUAAAUUUUUUUAUUAAAUCACUCGAAAGUUGGGGAAAAAUAACUUUAAAUUCCGCAUAAUAAACAUCCGGAUGAAAGUCGGGAGGAUGUAAAACGCCCCCUGGAUUAUAAAAAAAGGAAGUAAUGGGUGGAGUGUGACCGGAAGUUAAAUUUUAAUGUGGCAUAUUGAAGAUAUCGAAAACUUGUAGCUGUCAAAGCAUUUAGUGUUGACCGUGUCUGAUCAUCUAAACAAGAUGCCGGCACACAGAAGAGGAAAAGGUUUGUGCGGUUGCUUCGGCAGCAACGAGCCGCCGGAAAUUACCUAUCACGUAGUAGAAAAUGGUGGAAUUGUAAAUUUACAACCUCAUCCUCUUACUCCGACUCAACCCAUGCCUGAUGAAGAAGAGUUAAAUGCAAAAUUUGCAGAAUUAGUUGAAGAACUAGAUUUAACAGCAGCUAAAAGAGAAGUAAUGUUUAAUCUUCCAUCUGAGAAGAAAUGGCAAUUAUACUUAAGCAAAAAAACAGAACAAGUGGAAUCAACAGCACAUUUUCCAGAUUAUUAUAUCGAAAGGGUAAAUUCUAUGUCCAUGCUCCUCUUCCCAAGAGAGGAAGAAGAAGUGAUGGUAAGGGCAAAAAUGUUGGACAAUCUAAAAACUGCACUUCGAACACAACCUAAUAGUUUUGUUAUGAGGUUUUUAGAACAAGAUGGCCUAUCCUGUUUACUCAGUUUUUUAGAAAAUAUGGAUUAUGCUACAUCUCAAAGUCCUAUUCAUACAUCAUUAAUUGGUUGUGUAAAAGCAUUAAUGAAUAAUUCAAAUGGAAGAGCUCACGUACUUGCCCAUCCAACUGCCAUUAAUACAAUUGCUCAGAGUUUGAGUUCAGAAAACAUUAAAACUAAAAUAGCUGUUUUAGAAAUAUUAGGUGCCGUUUGUUUAGUUCCUGGAGGCCAUCGGAAAGUAUUAGAAGCAAUGUUACAUUUUCAGAAAUUUGCUUUUGAACGCACGCGAUUUCAGACUAUUGUUAAUGAUUUAGAUAGGAGUACAGGCAUCUAUCAAGAUGAAGUAAAUUUAAAAACUGCAAUUAUGUCUUUUAUAAAUGCCAUUAUGAACUAUGGUCCUGGAGAAGAUCAUUUAGAGUUUCGCCUUCACUUAAGAUACGAAUUUCUCAUGCUUGGCAUUCAACCUGCAAUUGAUAAGCUCCGGAAACAUGAAAAUGCAACUUUAGAUAGGCAUUUAGAUAUAUUUGAAAUGGUGAGAAAUGAGGAUGAAAAAGAAAUGGGAAGGAAAUUUGACAUGGUACAUGUAGAUACAAAAAGUGCAACUGGAAUGUUUGAUGUAUUAAGGAAAAAAUUAACACACACAGCAGCCUAUCCUCAUUUUAUGUCUUUAUUGCAACACAGCUUACUCCUUCCAUUGGACUAUGGUGCUUGUCCUCAACAUUGGUUACUUUUUGAUCGUGUUAUUCAACAAAUUAUUCUUCAAAGUGAAAAUGGAGAUAAUCCUGACAUUGCUCCAUUGCAAAUAAAUGUUAAAGAAAUAGUUCAACUACUUGCUACUGAAGAAGAAUUAAGGUCUGCAAAAGAGAAAGCUGAAACUAUGGAAAAAGAAAAUGCUGAAUUAAGCUGCCAGCUUUGCAAAAAAGAGCAAGAACUAGAACAGCAAUUGCAAGAAAAGGAAGAUUUACAAGUUAGCAUGAAUAAAAUGAAAACUAAACUUGAAAAGGAAACUGUCGGACACCUGGAAGCCAAUCAAAAAAUUGCUGAAUUAGAAUAUCGUGUGAAUGAACUUAGUCAAUUGCUUGAAGCCGAAAGACAACAACGUAGUCAAGUAGAAAGUCUAGUCAAAAAUGGAAGUCUUUCAGAUGAUGCCAAAGCAGGUAUUAAUCAAACACCAGGAACUAAAGGAUCAAUUCCACCUCCACCACCUCCUCCUCUUCCUUCAAUGCCACCUGUUCCACCUCCAGCUCCACCUGGACCUCCAUUUCCUCCAGGAAUGAAUCCCUCUUAUCCAGGUAUGAGUUCUAGAACAAAUCGUGGAUCCACUUACUGUCGGGUAGUCAAGAAUUACAUCCCAAAGCCUUCAAAUCCACUAAAAUGUUUUAAUUGGUCAAAACUGCCUGAGAGCAAAAUAGAUGGAACAAUAUGGACAGAGUUAGAUGAUUCCAAACUUUAUAAAGAUAUUGACCUUAGUGAUUUUGAUAAAACGUUUUCAGCAUAUCAAAAACAACAGUCAAAUGGUUCCAUGGAAGAUAUACCAACUGUUUUGACAAGACCUGUAAGAGCCAUGAGGGAGCUCUCUGUUAUUGAUGGAAGGCGUGCACAGAAUUGUACUAUAUUGUUAUCUAAACUGAGGAUGUCAAAUGAAGAAAUAUGUAGGGCAAUAUUAAGUAUGGAUAGUAAAGAACAAUUACCUAAAGAUAUGGUAGAACAAUUGUUAAAAUUUAUGCCAAGUCCAGAAGAAAAAGUCCUUUUAGAAGAACAUAGUGCAGAAAUUGAAAAUAUGGCAAGAGCAGAUAGAUUUCUGUUUGAAAUUAGCAGAAUAGUCCAUUAUGAACAGAGAAUUAGAACACUCUUUUGUAAAAAGAAGUUUCAAGAAAGAAUUAGUGACUGUAAACCAAAAAUUGAAGCUGUGUUAGAAGCUUCAAAAGAAGUACAAAGAAGUAAAAGAUUAAGAAAACUCUUAGAAUUAGUAUUAGCAAUUGGUAAUUACAUGAAUAGAGGUCAAAGAGGAAAUGCAAUUGGUUUUAGAAUUGCUAGUCUUAAUAGAAUAGCAGACACCAAAUCAAGUAUAAAUCGCAAUCUGACUUUAUUACAUUUCAUUAUUGGUACAAUUGAGAAAAAGUUUAGAGAUGUUAUUAAACUGGAAGAAGACAUACCUCAUGUUCGAGAUGCUGCAAAAGUCAAUUUAACUGAAUUAACAAAAGAAAUUCAAUGUAUGAAAUCUGGUUUACAAGAAGUUCAAAUGGAAUUAGAAUUUCAUCGAAGUCAUCCUCAGCAGUCAGGAGAUAAAUUCAUUCCAGUAAUGAAAGAAUUUAUAACUAGUGCAACAUACAGAUUUUCUGAAUUAGAAGAUAGUUUUCAAGAUAUGAAACAAAGGUAUGAAACUGUGGUUAAAAUGUUUGGAGAAGAUCCUUGUCAAAUACAACCAGAUGAAUUUUUUGGAAUUUUCGAUUCCUUUUUACUUUCAUUUAGUGAAGCUCGCCAAGACAAUGUUACUUUUCAAAGAAAAAAAGAUGAAGAAGAGAAAAGAGCAAAACAAGAAGCUGAGCGUAAAAGUAGCAGCAACAGUGGUGAUAAGUCCAGUAAAGAGAGUGCUUUGAAAGGAGUGAAUGGACUAAAGAAUGGUGCUAUUAAUGGAAUAAGAAGUAUUAAAAGUUCAGAUAAAGGUGAAUUUGAUGACUUGAUAUCUGCAUUACGUACUGGUGAUGUCUUUGGUGAUGAUUUCGCUAAGUAUAGGCGCAAUAAAAAGAGAGGAAGUCAGCCGUCUCCACUUCAAUCUGUUGGUCUGAAUGGUGAAAGUGGACAAUGGAGAACAGUCCACCUUGCAAGAGAAUCAAGUCGAGAAAGAAUUCUUGGUUCCCCUGGUCACAACACUAUGGGUUAAACAAAUAGUUUAUUAUAAUAUAAAAAAUCGGUAAUAUAAAUAUUAUUGACCCUAAAAAAUGCCAAUAGAAAAAUUACAGAUGAAACAUCAGUGACUGUAGCUGAUGUUUUAUUUUUAACCAUCUAAUCUCAUUGAAAAUAAUCAAAGAUUCAUAUACGUGAGCUUGGAGUGGAAAGUAUAUUAUUGGCCAUACUCAUUUAAUUCAUUACGUCUGAUAUCCAAGAUGUAUCUUGGAUCAAAAAAUGUGGGUCACUAUUAACAAGUGCCAUAUACAAUUGGCCAUUUUUUUGUAAUAUAGACUGAAGAAUUUCUGUUUAAGUUGAUUGUAUCAAAAAAACAAAAAAAUAAAAGUUGCUUAAAGGAAUUAUAAAGUUUGUUCAAAACAGAAUUGAGUUCAAGGAAGUUUUACUAAACCAUCGUAGCAUUGAUGUUCCUGUAGAGUGAUAAAUUGUGUGACCAUAAUGUUCCACCCAGAAUAAUGUUACUAGUAAAUAAAAAAGAAAAAACAGGAGGAAUGGAGUGUAAAUGUUAAAAUUAGAUAGGUGGCUGAAAGUCAUAGUACAAAAUAACAGGAAUUCCAAAUUUGUAUACUGCCUGUACAUUUUAAAAUGUAUUAUUGCAGUUGUAAUUCUUAAAAAUAUUUCUUAUGAAUAUGUAUGUCUUCACAUAAGUUGUAGAUGCUAUAUAUAUAAAAAUAUAUAUAUAAAAGGGAAAUGCAUUGCAAAAAUUUUUGUUGCUCUAUGCAAAAUAGAACAACUUUGCCAAUUUGAUAUAAUUAAUGUCAUAAACUGAAUUGUUUUGAUAAGGAAAAUUUAUAAUGAAUGAUUUUGCAGUUUUUAAUAGAUUGAUAAUUUUUGUAAUAUUGAAGAUAAAAAAACGAGACUUUUUUAUGUUUCUUGUGAUAUUUAUAUGAUGAUAUUAGUAUAUAAAUGAAGUCAUUAUAAAUGUGUUUUACACUUUUGUACUGUAUAUUUCUAAAUUUUCAAUAAUUGGGUGGGAAGGCUAUCAAUUCAUUCCUUUUUCUUUUGUUUUUUUUAAAUAAUUAAUUAAAUAAUUAGCAAU